CUCCAUCUUCCCCUUAAAAAAAAAAAAAAUCCCUUCAUCCUCUCCUUCUCCAACCUCGUUGUAUCUUCUGCGUGCCGAAUGCCUCCACCUCGUGCUCCCAAGCUACCGGCGGCAGUGGUGCUGGUGCAGCAUCCAGGGGCAGGGAAAGCAUAGGGUUCAAUCGGAGUAUCGGGCGCGACCCUGCCCGCCGCUGCCUCCUCCCACCACCGUCCGCCCCACGCUCCCCGACGAGUCCGAGUCCGAGUCCGCGGCCUUCUCUUAUGAAUCGGAGUCCCAGGGUCCUACUCCAGAUUACCUCGCUAUAUAUUUUGCGAGCCGGGGCUUCAUCGAUUCAUCUUAUUUUGUGCACAUCGCGUCUCCGGAGGAAUCUGUAGCGCCGCCUCUUGUAGUCCUAGCGCAGCGGCUGUAGCGCCUCUUGCAGCGGAAGAAUCAAAAUGGAGGACCAUCUUAUGCGCAGAACGAAAAGACUGAAGCGUUGCCAUGAGAAGCCUGUCUGCAGACAGAGGGGUGCACCAAUCCAGUUUUCGGACCUUCCUGUGGAUGUGCUAGGCACGAUUCUGUCAAAAUUGCCACCAAAGGAAAUGGUAAGAACUAGUGUUUUAUCAAAUGAGUGGAAACAUAUCUGGACAGUUUGCCCCAAACUCAGAUUUGAUGGUGCCGCAAUGUGCGGCCAAGAUGUGGCUGGAACACAACACUAUACUCGGAAGUUUAUUGACAAUGUCAAUGGAGUCUUGAAACAAUAUCAUGGCAAGGUGGUUGAAGAGUUUGGGGUCAAGUUUGAAUUUGACGCCAUGCUAGCUGAACAUCUCGACUGUUGGGUUAAUUUUGCCUUAUCGUCACGAGCAAAGAAUCUAGCUCUUGACUUGCUCCCGGCCAGGUGGGGGCUCCGUCCUGAUAGGUACAGAUUUCCCAUUGAACUGUUUGAUGGCGGAAGGAUAUCCCGUCUACAACACCUACAGCUUAGCUGUGUGUCUUUUGAUGAACCAUCUUCCCAAUUGUGCGGUUUCCCCAACCUGAAGAAGCUUGAUCUAGAUGUGGUCAACAUCACCCGUAAAGGUCUUGAAGAUAUGUUGUCAAAUUGCUCUAAUCUUGAAUGGUUGAGUAUAGGGAGAUGCCAUCUGGAUAAUGAUGAAUUGAGAGUGCAUCGUCCGCUGCCUCGCUUGCUAUACUUGAACGUUGCAUACUGUGCGAUAAGCAAGAUAGAAUUCAUAGCCAUGAAUCUGCAGACUUUUGUAUUCCAGGGGAGCUGGAUUAAUUUUUACCUCGGGACUGCUUUGGCACUGAAAGAUGUGAAGCUCUAUCUUAUUGGCAAGAUAACUCUUAACCUCGCUAUGACCGUGCUUCCCUUCUUGUUUCCAAGGGCACAGAAUAUGAUUCUGCAUUGUUCCUUGCCACUUAAGAUGCCAUGGCCACAAGGAAACGGUUCUAAGUUUUCACUUUUAAAGUAUCUACAACUCAAGUUUUUGGUGUUACCGGAAGAUCUCCUUAACCUUCUAUCAUUGGCCUCUUUCCUGAGUGCUGCUCCUUUCAUUGAAAAAUUAGAGAUACAUUUUGCUAUUCGUACCCUCCCACAAGGCUCAGAGCUUAUCAGGAGGCUUCCAGGUUCUACAUAUCGCUAUCUGAAGAACCUUAGUAUCACUGGAUUUGCAGGGUGCACCGGUCAAGUUGAAUUGUUGUUACACAUUGUAGAAAAUGCCCCUAACCUUGAGGCUUUGACUAUUGACCGAGCUAAUCACUAUGGUAGUAUUGAAGAGCAUGUAUGGCAAUCAAGAUCCAAGGCACUAGACAUUGCUAGGAGACAUCUGGAUGGGAGGUUAUCAGAAAAUACAAAGGUUUCUAUAAUGUAGGACGAUGUGACUGAAAAGGAAGCCUGCUAAUGUUGUGGAUGGCCCCUCAGUUAUUGUCCCCUCAUCGUUCUUCUUGUUCUUGCAUCGUUCGUCUUGUUCCUCUUCUCUGAGUUGUUAAUGAACUCUUCGUGUUCUUACCGGAGUCUGUAAGCAAUGCGCUUAUAACGUGUUGAAUGUAAUGAAAACAAGAACAAAGAAUAGAAAUAAUGUACUGUGUUCCGUUGA